UAAUGCCUGCUUUCAGAGAGACUGUUGCAUUGUGUUUAGGUGCUUGCUUUGGAUCAAACUUACUUAACUUUGUGACAUCAUCAAUCUUUAAUUAGCUACUCUUGCAGUUUGAGUCAUGCUGCAAAAUAUGUGAACCAUGCAGUUAAGCUUAAAUGCCACUUUGCAAAACAAAAUUACAAAACAUAUUAUUUUUAGGGCACAAUAUUUAAGACCAUGUUACAAAAUUGGACUUUUGGUGGAAAAAUAAAAAAGCAUUAGAUGUCACCAGAACAACAAUGGGCCCUUUGUCAGGGUUUGCACUUUUAUAAGACCAUGGCAAAUUAGCAUGUCAAUUUAGGCUAAGCUCUCAAUGUAAGCUUUUUUCCUCAUAAAUCAGAAUUCGUUCCCCUGGUUUUUAGUGUGGCCGAGAUCAGUUCUACACUUCAGAACUCACUGGAUGGUAAUGAAAGUUGUAUUUACCAACAGAACUGGACUGGAUUGCAGACAUGACUUCCAUUUUAAAGAAAGUUUACCACUUAGCUGCUUUCAGCUGGUAUGCCUUUGUUAUUCAGUCUAUUUAUGCAAAAGGAGAUUCAGAUCUACCAGAUGGAAUAUUUGUCUAUGGGGGACCCUGGAAAUACCUCACUUUUUUAAACCUGGUCUUACAGAUGGUGUUUUUUGGACUGGCAUCUGUUAAUGACCUUCAGCCAGUGGGUAAAGGCCGAAAAAUAUCUCUUCUCUGCCUAUGCAAGGACUUGCUCUUUUCUGUCUUUGUGUUUCCAGUGGGGAUGUUUGUAGUGCUUCUUUUUUGGUUGAUUUUUGCCUAUGAUCGACAACUGGUCUAUCCAGCUUCAAUUGACAGCCUCUUCCCUCCAUGGAUGAAUCAUGCUAUGCACACUCUUGUUCUCCCCAUCUUGCUUGGUGAGAUCUUAUUGGAACCACAUAUCUACCCUAAAACCAAAAAUGGUUUAGCUGCUUUGGUAAUUGUUGGAAUUUCUUACCUGGGAUGGGUCAUUUGGGUGUAUCUGACUGUGGGAAUCUGGGUUUACCCCUUACUGGGGCUGUUUAGCCACUCAGGCUUGACUUUCUUCUUCUUUCAAAACAUGCUUGUGUUGUCGCUGCUGUACUUACUGGGACAAACUUUGAACAAAAAAGUUUGGGGUGAGAAAAGACCAGCAUCAUUUUGUGAUGUUUUUUGUGAUACAUUGCAAUCAGUUCAUUAUACUGUUUGUAUAAAGGCAUAUAUAACAAUAUACCAACUCAUGUUGUCUCCUUUACUCCAACAGGGAAAGACCAUCCAAAGAUUAAAAGUGCAUGAUGUUUUACAAGGAAAUGUUCCUCAGACUAAAACAUGACAAUGUUUCUUGUAUUUGCUCUGUUUUGUUAUACUGCUCCUAUGAAUCCCAGAUGGAUCAGUUCAUAUUGAAAAGUGAUGAAUGUCAUACACAUUUUUGGGAACAUAUCACUAAAAAUAAAUGGCAACACUGUGUUCUCUAUCAUUUAUGGUACCAUUCAUUUAAUAAUAAUUAUAAUAAUAAAAGAAAUGCAUUAAAGUUAUUUAAGCAAGAACAACUAAUUUGUUACUGUAACUUGCAGAACAUUAGCAUGCAUAUACAAAGCUUAAGACUUUGUUACACUAU